UGCGCAGAGCAUGGCAGGGCUGGCGCUGCUGCUGCUGCUGCUGCUGCGGAGGCUCCGUUCUCUGCUGGCGCUGCUGCUGGGCGCCUUCUCCUUUGGGGCCCUCCGCCGCCUCUGGCUCCGCUGCACCACCCCCAGCCCUCGGCCCAUGGCUCUGGCCGGACCCCUCCUCUUCCGCAUCGGGUAUAAUCUGUAUGCCCACACCCGGCUGGGCUACCUGUUCUACAAGCGGCAGGUGAAGAAAGCACGAGAGCGUUACCCCCAUGGGCACUCCCUUCCCCAACCUGUGGUGUUCACUGGAGCGAAGAUCCUGCCCAUCCCUGUUUUGUCCAAUAACUACAGCUAUCUUGUUAUUGACACUGGCUCCAAUUGUGCUGUAGUUGUGGACCCCUCUGACCCUUUGGCAGUACAGUCAGUAAUUGAGGAAGAAGGGGUGACGCUGGAGGCCAUCCUGUGCACUCACAAGCAUUGGGAUCACAGUGGGGGCAACGCAGCACUAAGACGACGGCACAGCUCCUGCAGAGUCUAUGGCAGUAGUUAUGAUGACAUCCCUGAGCUGACGGACCCCCUCUCAGACAAGGAGACCAUCACGAUAGGGCGCUUGAACUUCAAGGCCCUCUUCACUCCAGGACAUACUGUGGGGCACAUGGUCUACGUACUGGAUGGAAAGCCUUUUGAGGGGCCAGCCUCCCUCUUCUCUGGAGACCUACUCUUCCUCUCUGGCUGUGGGAGGAUAUUUGAAGGCACCCCAGAAACAAUGCUGGCAUCUCUAGACAUGGCAGCUGACCUUGCUGAAGAUACACUACUUUGGCCAGGGCAUGAGUAUGCUUUAGAGUGCCUCAUGUUUGCAAACCUUCUGGAACUGGAGAACCCAAUUCUGGUGCAGAAGUUACAGUGGGUGAAUCAACAGCGGGUUGAGAAAAGAAGCACGUGUCCUUCUACCAUAGGUGAGGAAAAACAGUACAAUCCCUUCCUGCGGACACACUGCCAGGCUGUGCAGGAUGCCAUGGGCUUGCAGCGUCAAGGAGAUGAGGACUGGGACAUCUUCCGGGCCCGAGUGCUGAAGGAAGUGCGACUGCGGAAGGAUGUCUACAAAGCAAACUAGCAGUGGAGAUGGUGCCAGGCUGGAGCAGGCACUGUUAUACCUGUAUGUAGGAUCCUGUCAGGGCCUCAGCAAGGAGUCUGGUCACAAAAUGGGCUGUGCUCUACUGAGGAAGGGUCUACUUGGAUGCUGAUGAAAUGAAUAUGAUAUGAAACGAGGUUCAGGCUGUGUUCUUGAGUCCAUCUCCAUCCUUCACAGAAAGCCUAGUUACCACUGCUGCUUAACUGCAUAAGCUGAAGAGUGGGACAUAACAUGCAGUCUUCCAGUCAAGGUGUCAUCUCACAGAAGCUGUAGUGGAUUUCUUCUUUUCUGAUAAAUCCCAGCAAGUGUCUGUGGCCUUCUUGUUUUGGAUCCCCUCUAUUGGGAAUGGUGGGAGCAAGAGAUGAAGAGGAGAUUCAGCAGCAUAGAUCAGAGCUUAGAAGAGAUGCUGAGAUCUAUUAUCUUUAACAUCACAUACAAUUUCAUAACAUGUUUCAUAAUUUCAUACACAGAUACAAAAUGUAUGCAUGUCUGUGUUUGAGUUUGUCUGUCAGUUGUUCACUCAGGUGGUGAUGAUGGGGAAAGGUAUAUCUUGGAUCUUGUUAUAAGCACAAUCACAGUUCUUUUUUGAGUUCUCUGGAGACACAGGUGAACCUUGAGGCCCUGUCUGGUCUUCCAACUCUUGUUUAGCACAGGAGAAGGGACCUUUGCCUUGCUUUUGAGCAGCUAAGACCACGUACUGCUGAAGAUUAUCUUCCUUCCUCACUUCUUUUCCAAUGCCUGUUACCUUUUCUUUUUUUAAAAAAACCUGUGUGUAUAGAUCAGGGCAUUCCUAGCAAGUAGACCAAGCAUGGAUUUAUGACCCAUGUUCUUGGAGGACACAUGUUUGGGCUUGUGGAGUUUCCAGAAAUUCUGAGCCACCUCUGAAAGCACAGUUUCUUGUAUAAGAGUUCAAGCCAAUAAUUGCUGUCUUUCCCACAAAUGCAGGAGAACUGACCAUAGAGAAGCAGGUUUUUUUUCUACUGAGAAUAUAUUACUUGUCACCUGAGGGUGGCUCUCAGUUGGAUUCAUGGUUUCUUUCUGCUGGUAUCAUAUGAAAAUUGCUUGCAGGAUGAUUGUACAUUGGUAUUGUAGGGGUGUUUAACUUAUGUUCAGUCCAUCUGGUUGGCAUUUGUGUGUAUUGCACUUUGGUUUCCUGUUACUUGUUACUAUUCAGUAGUAGAUCAGUAUAGUAAAGGGUUACCAUCAGGAGAGGAUGACAAAGUUAAAAGUUUGUUACUCUGAUAUUAAAUAGCCUAGGACAGCCUACCUCAGCUUGGUGCCAUUUAGAAGUCUUAGAUUGUAACUCCCCUCAUCCCUAGACAAUGUGUCCAGUGGCAGACAACAGGCUGAAGAAGGCUGAUAGGAAAUGACAUUAUACUGUUUAUUGUUUUGCAGUUCUUAUAUUUGUUUCACAUUUUGGCAGGGUUUACAUUUCAGUGUCUUCUCCAUCCUUCAGUCAACCAGUGUUUUUGAUGACUUGAAACACUUUUUUCUUAAAGAACAAAAUUGCUGCAGUGAAAUAUUACAAAGACUGCUGUUUCAUUUUGAUCUUUAUCUGUGCUAAAAUGACGAGGUUUUGUGGUUUGUGAAGAACAAAACUGAGAAUGAAAACUUUAAGAUGUCACAUACUAUUUGCUUUAACCUUAAGUUGGUGAGAGAUUCUUGAGAACCACUCAAAGGUUAAUAAUAAUUUUUUAAAAAUGUAAACCAGUCUUGUUCAUACUGUGAAAUGAUAUGUCCAGAGAUUUAACUCUGCCUGGAGGAAGAUAAUGCUAAGAGCUUGGAAAGUUUCUUUUUGGACAAAAACUCAGAAUUUCCUAGCCAGCAUGUUCACUAGCUAUAGUAACUCAAGGAUUUGGGGAGUUGUAGUAAAAAAAAAAAUGAGUAGGUUUGGAAACUCUGAUAAAAUGUGAGUACUUGUAGGCUGGGCCACUGAAGUCCAUUAGAUUUACACUACAACCUGUAGGUUUGGCAGGCGAAAUAAGGGACAUGGCUCCUAUAUAUGUAAUAGUGAUGUAGAAAAGGGAAUUUUUAAGUAAGUGGUGUUUGUUAUGCAGCACCUGCUGAGAAUCCUGCUUCUACAUAACCUUUAAAGGUACAGAGGCCCUGUCUAUUUUUUCACCUGGCAAGAUUAGCAGCCUGAAACACACACAAGAGUAGAUCCCAUCAAAAACAAGGGGCUUACUUCUGAGUAAACAUGCAUCUGUUUGCUUUAUUAAAUACAAAAACUGAAUGUUAUCAAGGAAAUGGUACUAUUCUGGACAGGCAUACUAUCAUGUUGAGUUGUGAGGUGACACAACCCAAUGAUUGUGUAAAAGAUACAUUUCAGCAAGUUUUGUUUGCAUGACAAUUCAAAGGACAGAAGUCCUGUCCCUUAUUUCACCUGGUAACCCUAAUAAUAGGCCUGUGUCUCCACCAUCUUGUUUGAAUGUGAAAUGAAAAUCAGGUAUGUACAUCUUCCUCAAGAUUUGUCCAGUUGCUCCUGGUGCAAGAAGUGGGCAUGUGUGGCCCUCAAGGCAUUUUUGGAUUGCAGACAUUGUUGAAUAGUGGUGAGGCAUGAAGAGAUUUUCAGUCUAACAAGAUCAAAAAGGCAACAUAUUCUUCAUUCCUGCCCUACUAUAAGAUUAUUUCAAGCAAAAAUACUAUCAAAGCAGUAAGCAGUAGGACAGCUCGGGCCUUCUCUAUAUAGAGGAGAGCAGCUUUCCCUGAACCUGUUGUGCUUUAGAUGCAUUGGACUACACUACCACCAUUCCAGCCAGCAUGGAUGUUUUGCGAUGAUGGGCACUAUAGUCCAAAGCAUCAGGAAGACACCAAGUGUGUGUGUAUCUGCUGAAUACAGCAGGGGAAGAGAACCUUUGACCCUGCAGAUGUUUCAAUCGGGAGUUUCCAUCUGCCCCACUCAGCAUCACCAGAUAAUAUAAGUGGCUAUGGGAAUUGCAGGUCAAAACACUUGGAGGGUUUACAUAUCCCUCAUCUCAGUGGUAGAGGCUACUGACUCUGGGUGAGGAUUUUGCACCCUGAGACACUGAAUGCAGCUGCUGUAUGCAUGUUUAUUUUGAAGGAAGCCCUGCUGUGUCCAGUGUGGCCUUCUCACCUGUUAAGCAGCCAUGAAGCUUGCAGCUUUUGAACUGAUUUUGGAAAGAGAAGUAGCCUUGGCUGCCCCAGAGUUGUUAUUUUAUUUUAUUUUUCUAGGAGAGACAGUCUUUUAAAUUAAGUGUUCUCCUCCCUUCCCCCAUAAAGAUUUCUUACUGCAUUUACAAGGACAGCUUAUAAACUGGUUUACCACACCCUUUUUGCCUCAGGAGAGGCAGUGCAAAGCCUCUGUGAAUUUUGAUUCCUGCAGAGUAGUUUAUCUGUCCUGUCAGUGAGGGUUGUGAGCAGUCACUUUCCUCUCCUCAGGCACAAACAAGGCCUUUGCUACCACAUAGAAGCCCAUUUAAGGGAUGAUGACGUUUGUACCAAAAUCUCCCAAGGUUUUAGAGAUUUGUAGUGGAUAUGGAACAAAGGAGAAAACCCAGUUUACAUAAAGGGAAUAGUUAGCUGUACCUCUCUUCUCAUGGUUGUAAUAAACUGCUUUUUUUCUAGUCUCUCUCUUUAAGGACACAAUAUCCUGGUAGACGGAGUUGAGAAGCAACAUUGAGCCAAAAGAGCUCCUCUCUCCAGCAGCAGCCAAUAAUGUUUGGUCUGUCUGAUGUUUUGGACUGUAAUUUCCAUAAUCCUUUACUCUUGAUGACGCUAGGAUUUCUGGGAACUGAUGUUCAGAAAGUCAAGUUCCCCAAGUCUGCAUUCCAGUCUUGAAGUAGUCCAUAGUUGCCUUGCAUAUGUGUCCUGGCUGUCUCCUAUUAAAAACGGGAAGUCAGCAUCUAUUCCCUCAGUUAUGGACCUGGAGACCCUUAGCAGAUGUGUGUUAAUGGAGCACCAGAUAGGCAAUUACACAAAGUGGGAUGUAUGAUUCUUAAUUCUUGUGACUGUUGUUCACUGUUUACAACAUGGACACUUGAGCCAGGCAGGGGUGUGUGUUUAACUAUGGACAAUGUGAAGCUGAACCCAGCAUACUGGUUGUGGCCCAGUAUCUUUGUGGCACACACUGGAUUCUCUUUUCGUUUAAGACUAACAAUAAAUGGAUUUGGGUUGUU